AUGGAGGUCAUAGCAGAGGAUAACAAUCGCAUUGAGAAGGUCAUGCCUCCUGAUGAGCAGGAGAUCGAUGUUGAGUUGGAGGCUAAAGAACAGAAAUAUCGUAGAGGAAAAGGUGCUGAUCUUGAGAAAGUGAAAGAUAAGAAACAGAAGACUCAACUUGCUAAACGAGAACAGUUAUUUGAGAAAUCUGCAAAAUCUGCUGCUAAAAUCGAGAAGUGGCUCUUGCCGGCUGAGUCAGGAUACUUGGAGACUGAAGGUCUAGAGAAGACAUGGAGGAUCAAGCAGACAGAUAUUGCCAACGAAGUAGAUAUCUUAAGCUCAAGAAACCAAUAUGACAUAGUGCUCCCAGAUUUGGGCCCUUACAGACUCGAUUUUACUGCAAGUGGUCGGCAUAUGCUAGCUGGUGGUCGAAAAGGCCACCUUGCUCUCGUAGACAUGAUGAAUAUGAGCUUAGUUAGAGAGAUCCAGGUAAGAGAAACAGUACGUGAUGUUGCAUUCCUGCACAAUGACCAAUUCUUUGCAGCUGCACAGAAGAAAUAUGCUUAUAUUUAUUCGAGAGAUGGAGCUGAACUGCAUUGCUUGAAGGAACGCGGUAAAGUGGACAGGCUUCGGUUCCUUAAAAACCAUUUCUUGCUUGCAUCAGUGAACGAACUUGGGCAGUUGCAUUAUCAAGAUGUAACCCAUGGUGGCAUGGUUGCUAGCUUCCGAACUGGUAAAGGCCGGUCUAAGGUAAUGGAAGUGAAUCCUUACAAUGGUGUUGUUGCCUUGGGACAUUCUUUUGGAACAGUCACAAUGUGGAAACCUACGAGCCAAGCACCUCUAGUCCAGAUGCAGUGUCACCCUGGACCGCUCUCCUCCGUUGCGUUUCAUCCCAACGGCCAUCUCAUGGCUACGUCGAGCAAUGAGCGCAAGAUCAAGAUUUGGGAUUUGCGUAAGUUCGAGGUGGUUCAGACUAUUUAUAAAUUCCAUGCGACAACGAUGAGUUUCAGCCAGAAAGGUUUGCUAGCAGCUGGGACUGGAUCGUAUGUUGAGAUUUUGGGAGAUUCCACUAGUGGCUCUUCACAUAACUAUAGUAGAUACAUGAACCACUCGAUGGUGAAAGGUUAUAAGGUCGAGAAGGUUAUGUUCAGACCGUACGAGGAUGUUCUCGGGAUUGGUCACUCGAUGGGUUGGUCUAGCAUUCUCAUCCCCGGGGCUGGAGAGCCUAACUUCGAUUCUUGGGUGGCGAAUCCGUUUGAGACGUCGAAGCAGAGGCGUGAGAAGGAGAUUCAUUCGCUUCUUGAUAAACUUCCGCCUGAGACGAUCAUGCUCGAUCCUUCAAAGAUUGGUGCGAUGAGACCCGCGAGGAGGAAAGAGAAGCCAACGACGGGAGAGAUUGAAGCUGAGAAGGAGGUGGCGAUAGAAGAAGCAAAGAGCACUGAGCUGAAGAACAAGACGAAAGGAAGGAAUAAGCCGAGCAAGCGGACCAAGAAGAAGAAGGAGAUGGUGGAGAAUGCGAAGCGGACAUUCCCGGAGCAAGACAACAAUAGCGCUCUUAAGAAGAGAAGAAUCGGUGAAGGUGAAGAUGCUGCGGCAGAGCUACCAUCGAGUUUGAAAAGGUUUGUUCGAAAAAACUAG